AUGGCUUCGUUGAUGCAGUCUUCGGCCAUGCCAUCGGCUUUGCGCCACCAGCUGUCCUCAGUCACAUCGAAGGGGCCUCUUUCAUCGUCCUUUAAGUCUGUGCGUGCAUUUUCAUUGCUGUGCAGCCCACAACGACGGACCCAAACCCACACUGAACAAAACAAACACAUCUAUCUCAGCGUAUCCUCCCCUAAAUCAUUACCCACCAUCCAACAAUCCCGGACUUUCCUUGCAGAACUUGUCCGCAAGUUUCCGGCCUCCUCGACGACGCACACCACCACCAGAAAACAAACAAACCCUGCCACCGAUGAUGAAGAAACACAAGUGCAGCAGCAAAGUCCGCCCCUCCAACUCACCAAUCUCCCAUACUUUGUGCGGCGUACACCAUCCAACAAUUUCCCGGUCUACCUGUUGACCAAAGCCGGCAGCACCAAGCGAUUGACCAAGCUUCAGAAAACCGAAGGCGACCUCGAGGCUCUGAAAUCCGACUUGACGAAAGCUCUGGGUUUGGACUCUGUAGAAAAAACUCCGUCUCGAGGUUCUCGACCUAAAAAGACCCCUGAGAUAACCAUAAAUCCUGUUAAUGGUCACAUUAUCGUAAAGGGUUGGAAAAAAGUCGAAAUCGAAAAAUUCCUCGCCGAGCGAAACUUUUAA